AUGGAAGACACUCAGCCUGGGAGCAUCACCCAAGGUCCUCACAACGACACCUACGUGAUCCACUUUGACUUCGCAGACACCGAGCUCGACGAAGCCUGUCACAACUUUGAAGAGCUCUGUGCCGACCUCACAGCCGUUGGUUUGGCCUUUCAAGUUCGUCCUGGGGAAGACCAGUCUCUACUCGUCUUUGUGCGGGUGCCCAAACUCCUCCUACGCAAGACCGUCUUCAAGUCUAGACUCAAAGACUACUUCUACGGCACAACCAACCAGCUUCCUGCUCUUAAUCAGCGACACCAUGGCACUCCAGCCGCCUUCGAGGCCGAAGACCUCCUUUCAGUAUACCACCUCGUCAACUGGCCCCCGUCCAACGGCGGCGCGGGCGUAACACCCCAGCAUGGGAAAUGGCAGGACCGGGGCGUGCAGAGCAUAUUCCCGUUGCAUAACUCUCCAGCCAACAGGCAUCUCCUCGCACAGCUCAGCAAGCGCGUCUUUCUCUCCCCAGCUGACCUCGACCAUAUCCGUGACCUCUUCGGCUCCAAGGUGGCAUUCUAUUUUGCAUUCAUGCAGACCUAUUUCCUCUUUCUGUUCUUUCCUGCCGCAACAGGGCUGUAUACCUGGCUCUUCCUGCCGUCAUACUCGUUCGUCUAUGCGGUCGUCACCUUGCUCGGAUGUACAGUGUUCAUCGAGUACUGGAAGAUCCAGCAAGCCCGGCUCAGCGUGAGGUGGGAUGUCAGCGGGGUCGGCCACGUCAAGAUCAACCGCAGCAAUUUUCGGUAUGACCGAGUGACGGUGGACGAGAAGACGGGGAGGAAGCAGUACCACUAUGCCAAGUGGAAGCUUGUCGCGCGGCAGCUGCUGCAGGUGCCGUUCUUCCUGGCCGCGCUGGUUACGCUGGGCGUCAUCGUCAGUCUGGUCUUUGCGCUAGAGGUGUUGGUUUCCGAGGUAUACGACGGGGCGUACAAGAACUACCUCGAAUACCUCCCUACCGUCGUCCUGGCCAUCGGAAUGCCCUACAUCAACACAUUCCUCGAGGACAUGGCCGUGGCGCUCGCCGAGUUUGAGAACCACCGCACCCAGGACAACUACGAGAUGUCGGCCAGUCAAAAGAUGUUCUUCCUAAGCUUCAUCUCGAAUUAUCUGCCCAUCCUGCUCACCGCGUUUGUGUAUGUGCCCAUGGGCGACGUCAUUGUGCCGCAGCUACAGCUGCUUGUGCGGAGCUGGCUGGCCCGCAUUGGCGGCUCAAGGCAGGCAGGCGAUAGGAUCGUGGGUAUGAGCUCGGACGAGGGCAUGUUCCAGCGCGAUCCAGACCGGCUGCGCAAUGAGGUCGUCGCGCUCACGGUGACGGGCCAGGUGUCAGAUAUGUUUGAGGAAAUGAUUGUGCCAUAUCUGCGGCACCGCCUGCGCGCGUGGUGGAGGGAGUAUAAGCUGCGUCGACUCGAGCGGAAGCAGCAGCAGCAGCAACAACAUUCCCUCAGCAACAAGGACGACUUACCAAACCACGACGACUUCACACCAAAGCCAUUCCAGCGCCAACAAACACUAAUGCUGAGCAUCCACAACCCAUCUCCAGACAAUAAGAACGACACCAACAACGAGGCCCAGUUCCUCGCCAAGGCCCGGCACCAGGCCUCCCUCCCGCCUUACAACGUGCAGGACGACCUCUCCGAGAUGGUCAUCCAGUUUGGCUAUCUCGCGCUCUUCUCGCCCGCCUGGCCCCUCGUGUCGGUCGGGUUCCUUGUCAACAACUGGAUCGAGCUGCGCUCUGACUUUCUCAAGAUCUGCGUCGAGCACCAGCGCCCGCACCCGACGCGCUCCGACGGCAUCGGCUCCGGCUGGGUCGAUUCGCUGGACGCGCUGGCCCUGCUGGGUAGCAUCUCCACGGGGGCAAUCGUGCAUCUGUUCGGCGGCGGCGGCGGCGCAGAUCCCACGCAGCUGCAGACCUCGGCCGCGUGGUUAUCUGGACGGGCGUGGCUGACAAGCAUCCCGUUUAUCGGCAGCCAGUUCGAUGCCAGUGGCGGCGGCGGGAUGCCGUCGUGGUGGUCCCUCCCCGUCACAAUCUUUAUCAGCGAGCACAUCUUCCUCACCCUGCGCGCGAGCGUGCGGUUCUUGCUGAAGCGGUUCGUCGGGUCCGACGUCGUGCGGCACGAACGCGAGGAGCGGUACGAGCGGCGCAGCCGGCAGUGGGAGGAGAUGGUGCGCGAGGCAGAUGCGGCUCGAGGGGAGGGCGGCGGCGGCGAUGAGACGCCAGAGGUGGUGAAAGAGCUUCCCCCUGAUCGACAGAGCAUGGUCUGUGGACGAUACACCGACACAACAAAGCCAUGCGGAGCCCGCUGCUGA